AUGGAUUCGGGGCGAGCUCCCCCUCCCCGCUCACCUGCGGGUCCCAGGCGGGAACUUCCUCCCGCUUUUCGUCUUCCUCCUCCUCCUCUGUCCCUCGUGUUCCCGCUCCGCCUCUUCCUGCCGCUCCUGCCUUUCCUCUUCCUCCUCCUGUGUCCCUCCUCUUCCUCCCGCUCCUCCUCCGCUCCCAGCCCGGCCCGGGCGGUGCCGACACCCAAAAGCAGCCGCGCUCUGCCCUGGGGGGGUUCCAAAGCGGCCCCGCCCCGCGCGGCACCGGCAGCGAUCCCGGGAGCAGCGGGCAGGACUCGGGAGCGCUUUCCCUCCCAGUCUGGCUCUUACUGGGAGCACUGGGAGGGAACUGGGAGCAAACAGCGCCCGGACGCGGCUGCAGCCGGCGAGGGGCGGGGCCGAGCCGCAGGGCGUGGUUAUGCAAAUCCGGGAGCGAUCGCGCGCUGUGAUUGGCGGGCGGGAGCAGGGCGGGGUUUGCCCUCAGACGUGAGGGGAGCGGGAUCCGGAGCGAUGGCGGCGGCGUCCGAGACCGAGCGGCUGCUGAGCCGCGGCCCCGGGUACGGCACGGCCGAGGCGGCCCCGGGGCCGGUACCGGAGGAGGAGGAGGAGGAGGAGCUGCGGCGCCGCCUCAAAUAUUUCUUCAUGAGCCCCUGCGACAAGUACCGGGCCCGCGGCAGGCGGCCCGUGAAGCUGGCGCUGCAGCUGGCCAAGAUCGUCCUUGUCACCGUGCAGCUGAUCCUGUUCGGGCUCAGCAACCAGCUGGUGGUGGCCUUCAAGGAGGACAACACGGUGGCCUUCAAGCACCUGUUCCUCAAGGGCUACGAGGAUGGCGCCGAUGACACCCAGGCCAUCUACACCCGCGGGGACCUCCUGGAACACCUGGCCUUCGUCCUCGAGAAGUACCUGGCUGUCCCCAACGAGACCCUGGGCCGCUACGCCUACGGUGGCCGCGGGCUGCGGCUGUGCCAGCGCUUCUUCCGCCGGGGGGACAUCGACCCCGGCAACGACACCUUCGACAUCGACCCCAGCGCUGUCACCGAGCCCAACCCCGACCCCACAGAGUGUCUGGGGGUGCACCCCGGGGACCCCCGGCCGCCGCCGCUGGACGGCACCGGCGGCAACUUCACCCUCCAGUUCCACAGGCUGAUCAAUGUCACCGCCGAGUUCCAGCUCAAGGCCAUCAACAUCCAAACGCUGCUGAACCAUGAGAUCCCCGACUGCUACACCUUCAGUGUCACCGUCACGUUUGACAACAGCGCCCACAGCGGGCGAGUGCGGAUCCGCCUGGACACGCACGCGGCCAUCCGGGAGUGCCACCACCCCUCGCUGCCCGGCAGAGGUGACAAUUCCCUGCGCCUGUCCUUUGAUGUCCUGGUGACAGCCGUGUGCUCGCUGUCCCUGGUGCUCUGUGCCCGCUCCAUCGCCCGCGGGCUCCUCCUGCAGAGGGAGUACAGCCGGUUCCAGCGGCGCCGUGGCCGUGCCGUGUCACCGUGGGAGCGCCUGGAGUUCCUCAAUGGGUGGUACCUCCUGCUGGUCACCAGCGACGUCCUCACCGUGCUGGGCACCGUCCUCAAGAUCGGCAUCGAGGCCAAGAAUUUCUCGGGGUACGACGUGUGCAGCAUCCUGCUGGGGACAUCGACGCUGCUGGUGUGGGUCGGGGUCAUCCGGUACCUGACCUUCUUCCAGAAGUACAACAUCCUGAUCGUGACCCUGCGCGUGGCCCUGCCCAGCGUGCUGCGUUUCUGCUGCUGCGUGGCCGUGAUUUACCUGGGCUACUGCUUCUGUGGCUGGAUCGUGCUGGGCCCGCACCACGUCAAGUUCCGCUCGCUGUCCAUGGUGUCCGAGUGUCUCUUCUCGCUGGUCAAUGGCGAUGACAUGUUUGCCACCUUCGUGGCGCUCCGGCCCAGCGGGGCGCUGGUGUGGCUCUUCAGCCAGGUGUACCUGUACUCGUUCAGCGCGCUCUUCAUCUACCUGGUGCUCAGCCUCUUCAUCGCCCUCAUCACCGGCUCCUACGACACCAUCAAGAACCAGCCCGAGGGCGGCGCCCCCGCGCCGCUGUCGCCGCUCCAGGCUUUCAUCGCGCAGUGUCGCGACAGCCCCGACUCGGGGAAGUUCCGCCGCGACAGCUCCGCCUCCUGCUCCGCCCUCUGCUGCUGCGGCCGGGCCCCCGUGCAGGACAACGCGCUGCUGGUGAACUGAGGGGACAUCGGGGACACCGAGGGGACACCGAGGGGACACCGGAGGGGGACACCCCAAAACCCCCCCAGCUUUUAAUUUAUUUUAUUUUAUUUUCUGCUUUACCUGCCCGGGACUCCAAAUUUGGGGAUGGAUUUUUGGGGGACUUUGGGGUCCCAAAAUCUGUUUUUUGGAAUCAUUUUUUGAGACCCCCAAAUUAUUUUUGGGGGUAAAUUUGGAACCCUGGGACCCCCCAAAAUUCAUUUUUGGGAUAAAUUUGGAACCCUGGGACCCCCAAAAUUCAUUUUUGGGGACACUUUGGGACCCCCAAAUAAUUUUUUGGGGUGAGUUUGGAACCCUGGGACCCAAAAUUCAUUUUUGGAGACACUUCGAGACCCCCAAAUCAUUUUUGGGGUAAAUUUGGAUCCCUGGGACCCCCAAAUCAUUUUUGGGGACACUUCAGGACCCCAGGAUGGAUUUUGGGGACACUUUGAGCCUCGGGACCCCCCAAAUUGGGAUUUUUGGGGGGGAAUUUGGAAUUUUGGGAUCCCCAAAUCCAUUUUUAGAUCCCCGAAUCCGUUUUUAGGGCAAGUUUGGGACCCCCUGAUCAUUUUGGGGGAUAAAUUUGGAACCUUGGGACCCCAAAGGGGUUUUGGGGACACUUUGGGGACAUUGUCCCUGUCCUUGGGGUCACCGGAGCAGCUCUGGGUCCCCCCAGCCCCAAAAAUGUCACUUUUCACCCCAAAUUUGGGGGUGGCCACAGCGAGGGGGGGA